CACCCGGCAGCGCCCGCGGGCAUCUGCUGCGUGUCCCGCUGCGGACUCGGCGCCUCCGCUGCCGCCGGCACUGCCUCGAUGUUCCAGCUGCCUAUCUUGAAUUUCAGUCCCCAGCAAGUGGCCGGGGUAUGUGAGACUCUAGAGGAGAGCGGCGACGUGGAGCGCCUGGGUCGCUUCCUCUGGUCGCUGCCUGUGGCCCCUGCGGCCUGCGAGGCGCUCAACAAGAAUGAAUCCGUGCUGCGCGCGAGAGCCAUCGUGGCCUUCCACGGUGGCAACUACCGCGAGCUCUACCAUAUCCUGGAAAACCACAAGUUCACCAAGGAGUCGCACGCCAAACUGCAGGCGCUGUGGCUCGAAGCGCAUUACCAGGAGGCUGAGAAGCUGCGAGGACGGCCCUUGGGGCCAGUAGACAAGUACCGCGUGAGGAAGAAGUUCCCGCUGCCACGCACCAUCUGGGAUGGCGAACAGAAGACACACUGCUUCAAGGAGCGCACGCGGCACCUGCUUCGGGAAUGGUACCUGCAGGACCCAUACCCCAACCCCAGCAAAAAGCGUGAGCUCGCCCAGGCAACCGGACUGACCCCUACGCAGGUGGGCAACUGGUUCAAAAACCGCCGACAAAGGGACCGGGCGGCUGCAGCCAAGAACAGGCUUCAGCAGCAGGUCUUGUCGCAGGGCUCCGGCCGGGCGCUAAGAGCCGAGGAAGAGGUCACGCCCGAGGUGCUGGGCACCGCCGCCAGCCCGGCCGCCAGCCUAUCCAGCAAGGCAGCCACUUCGGCCAUCUCCAUCACGUCCAGCGACAGCGAGUGCGACAUCUGA